GCGAAAGGCGCGGAGCGCGACGACCGCGACCGCUGAGGGAGCGGGAGCCGGAGUCCCAUGCUGAGGAGAGGUCGUAGCGGGCGCUAAAAAGGCGGCCCUCCUUGCGGACGUGGCAUUGUGCGUGCGGCGCUGCGCCCGGGACGUUGCGGAACUCGGGCGCUCGACCAUGAGUUGUGGGGAGGACUUCGUGGAGACGCUGCGGAGAAUCGGCUACCCCAGGGCCGAGUCGCUCCACGGGGCCGACUUCGACUGGCUGUUCGAGGCCGGCGGCGCCGAGCCGUUCCUGCGCUGGUUCUGCGGGAGCGUGAGCGAGCGGAACGUGCUGUCGGAGGAGGAGGUGCAGGCCUUCGGCCGCCUCCGCGGGGCGGGCCGGCCGGUCCUGGAGGGCGCCGCGCUGGAGGAGGCGCUGCGCACCUGCGCCGCCCCGCUGGCAAGGGAGCCGGCGCCCGGCGGCACGGAGGUGGAGGCGCUGGAGCGCGAACUCCGCGCCCUUCGGGACCUGCGGAGCCUGCGGGUGCGGCGGCGUGACCAGCGGCGGCUGCUGGCGGCAGCGACCAGGCAGCGGGCUCUGCGGUUGAGCGCCGCGGAGGAGUUGGCCGCCGAGCCGCUCAGGCGGGGGCGGGCAGCUCUGCGCGCUGCGAGCGGGGAGGUGAAGGGCACACUGUGCGCCGCUGCGGAUGUGGUCGACCAGCUGAUGCGGUUCUUCGGGGCGCCGCCUAACGCGGCGGCUGCGGGGGCGAGCCCUCCAGUGUUUCUGUACCGGUGCCCCUCGGAGCAGUACCUGAGCCAGGAGGAGAGGAGCACCGCGGCGCUGGCCUGCUACACCAGAACCCAGUUUUUCCAGGGUGUGCACGCAGUCGUGGAGAGCUCCAGCGAGGAGCAUUUCCAGCUUGUGGACCUGCAGGCGCCGGCUUUGUGCGGCAGCCCGGAGGACGCGCAGGGGAGGCGGCUGGAGAUGGCGCGCCUGCAGCUGGCGUUCAUCUGCGCGCAGCACCAGGCCGUCCACCUGCGGGCCGGUAAUCUGAGCCUGAAGGCGAGGAUCGAGUGGGCGGAGGAGACCCUUCGCAGCCUCGCCACCCAGGCUCUUGGAAAAGAGAAUUUGGAGGCUAAAAUUUCUAGCUUGAACACUGGUAUUCUGAAACUCGAAGAACAAAUUACUCACAUAAAAGAAAACACCUUGCCUGCUGUGAUAAAAGAGAAUGCCCAGUUAUUGAAUAUGCCAGUUGUAAAGGGAGAUUUUGAUCUGCAGAUUGCCAAGCAGGACUAUUAUACAGCAAGCCAAGAGUUAGUUUUAAAUCAGCUGAUAAAGCAAAAGGCAUCAUUUGAACUUCUACAGUUAUCAUAUGAAAUUGAGUUGAGAAAGCAUCGGGAUAUACAUCGGCAACUCGAAAAUCUGGUUCAAGAACUUAGUCAAAGUAAUUGGAUACUCCACCAGCGAUUAGAAAUGCUAGCUGAGCUAUCAAUGUCUCAGCAGAGAAAUCCAAAGAAUACCAUUGAUACCAAGGAUUAUUCUACUCACAGGCUUUAUCAACUUUUAGAAGGAGAGAAUAAGAGAAAGGAAUUGUUUAUAACCCAUAGAAACCUGGAAGAAGUGGCUGAGAAAUUAAAACAAGAUGUUUCUUUAGUACAAGAUCAAUUGGCAAUAUCUGCUCAAGAACGUUCUUUCUCUCUGUCCAAACUGAACAGUGAUGCGGACUUGCUUUGUGAUAUUUUGUAUCAAGGAAGAAACCAGCUGUUGCUUAGUGAUCAGGAGUUAACAGAGCAAUUUCAUCAAGUUGAGUCUCAACUGAAUAAGUUAAAUCAUCUUCUUAGUGAUAUUCUUGCUGAUGUGAAGACAAAAAGAAAAAUUUUGGCAUCUAAUAAACUGCAUCAAGUGGAGAGAGAAUUAUAUGUAUAUUUUUUAAAAGAUGAAGAUUAUCUGAAAAAUAUCGUUGAGAAUUUAGAAAACAAAUCAAAGGUUAAGGCUGUUGGUCUCAAAGAUUGAAAAUUACUAAAAGCUACAUCUUUACUACGUAUGUUUAAUGUUUUACAUAUUAGGAGGAGAGUAUAGCUAAUAAACCCUACUAAAGUAUUAAACUUGAGGUCAGUGGAAUAUUUAAUGAGUUCAAGAUUCACAUCAGUUUGUUUUCUUCUUUGUAUAACAUCUAUGUUCAGAGUACCAGUGCUUUAUGUGACUUGAACAUUUGCUUGUUGGCACUUGGUCCUGGUAACUUUUUACAUAAAGGGAAAAAGUAUUACAGUAGCGGCCCCCUUAUCUCCAGGUUUGCUUUCUGCUAUUUCAUUUACCUGCAGUCAGCCAUGGUCUGAAAAGAUUAAACGGAUAAUUCCAGAAAUAAACAACUUACAAGUCCUAAAUUGUGCGCCAUUCUGGAUAAUGUAAUGAAAGCUAACGCCAGCCUGCUCCAUCCGGUCCUGGACGUAAAUCAUCUUUUUACCCAGCGUCUUCACACUGUGUGCUGCCUGCUCGUCAUUCACUUAGUAGCUGUCCUGGUGCGUGUGUCCAAGUCACCCCUAAUUUACUUAACUAUGGCCCCAAAGUGCAAGACCACUGAUGCUGGUCACCUGGAUGUGAUGAAGAGAAGCGGUGAUGUUCUUCAAGUGAAAAUGCGUGUAUAGGGUUCUCUCUGGUUUUGGGCAUCCACUGGGGUCUAAGAAUAAAUUCCCUGUGGAUUGGGGGGGGUGGGUUCUACUGUAUUAUAGAAUGCAAAUAUUGUUUAUUAGACUUGUACCUUUACUAAUUUCUUUUUUUUUUAAAUAGAAAUUUUUUGUUAAGUAUUUUGAAAUUUUGUAGUCUUUUGAAUCAACGCUGUUGAAGCUGUAGACUUUAUUAUGUGGAAUAGCCACAUCUAGACUGUAAAAUAAAAUUCUGCUACUCUG